ACAUGUGAGAUCAGAGAUAAAACAGUGACCCGUCCCGGGAGCAGCCGGAAAAGGGACCUGGGCAGCGGAAGUCUGGUGCUGACGGUUGAGUGUCCUCCAGGCCUCACCUGUGGGGAUCCGACUUGCGCUCGAAGCCAGCGCCUUCGGGGACAUGGCGGCCAUCAGGCCCGGCCUCGGCCGAGUCCUGCCUGGGUCCUCUGUCCUGUUCCUGUGCGACAUGCAGGAAAAGUUCCGCCACAACAUCGCCUACUUCCCGGAGAUCGUCUCGGUGGCCGCCCGCAUGCUCAAGGUGGCCCGGCUGCUGGAGGUGCCAGUUAUGCUGACGGAGCAGUACCCAAAAGGCCUGGGCCCCACAGUGCCAGAGCUAGGGGCCGAGGGGCUGCAGCCUCUGCCCAAGACCUGCUUCAGCAUGGUGCCAGCGCUGCAGCAGGAGCUGGAUGCCCGGCCCCAGCUGCGCUCUGUGCUGCUCUGUGGCAUCGAGGCGCAGGCCUGCAUCCUGAACACGGCCCUGGACCUCCUGGACCGGGGGCUGCAGGUCCACGUGGUGGUGGACGCCUGUUCCUCCCGCAGCCAGGUGGACCGGCUGGUGGCGCUGUCCCGGAUGCGCCAGAGUGGUGCCUUCCUCUCCACCAGCGAGGGACUCAUUCUGCAGCUUGUGGGUGACGCCGCGCACCCCCAGUUCAAGGAGAUCCAAAAGGUUAUCAAGGACCCCGCCCCAGACAGCGGGCUCCUGGGCCUCUUCCAAGGCCAGAACCCCAUCUUCAGAUAACCUCCUGGCCCUGCCUUGAAGAGAGACCGCCCUCCUCGUGUCAUCCAGACUUCGUUGGAAGCGCUUUCCCCCCAUCCCUGGAUCUCAGGAGUGGUGCAGUCCACUGGGAGUACCGCCCCCUUGGGGAGGGAGGCGGGGCACCGCCUUCCCAUUGGGCGCUUCCUCCAGGAAAUGCAAAUGAGACUCCUGGAAGCUAGAAUGGAAUUGGUGGAGCAGAGCUGGAGGCGGAGCUCGGCCCCGGGCCACUUCACAGGGCGGGAAGGGGAGGGGGAGAGAAUGUCACCGACUGUGUGGGACCGAGACUCGCAGAAUAAACAUUUAUGUGGC